AUGACAGCAGAAGACGUAGACGCGACCGUAACGUCGACAACGACAGAGGAAGAGACGCAGAAAACUAUGAAUAUAGAAACGGAGGAGACUAUAACGUCGCCGCAUGCACUGGUUUCUCCCGCUGUCUCAACUCCACCAGUCUUAACACCAGUCAAAGUUACGCCAGUCAAACGUCUAAUGAUCAUUAAAAUGCAAUUGGAAAAUUUCAAAUCAUACGCUGGAAAAGUCGAGAUUGGGCCUUUCCAUAAAUGUUUUAGUGCUGUCGUUGGCCCCAAUGGAAGUGGCAAAUCCAAUGUCAUUGAUGCGUUGCUCUUUGUAUUUGGCAAACGAGCAUCCAAAUUACGUCUAAAAAAGGUCUCGGAGCUUGUACAUCGCUCUGCGGACUUUCCUAACCUUGAAAUGGCUACAGUUUCGGUUUUUUUUCAAGAGAUUAUUGACACGGACGAAGGUGACGCUGAUACAGUGACAGAUAAUGAAGCCAACUACACUGUCGUCCCUAAUUCCAGCUUCAGUGUCACACGUACAGCCACAAAAAACAAUGUGAGCAAGUACUUUGUGAAUGAAAGACCUCGGAAUUUUACAUACGUGACGGAGUUACUGCAGGAGAAAGGAAUUGACUUGGAUAACAAUCGAUUUCUCAUUUUACAAGGAGAAGUCGAACAGAUUGCCAUGAUGAAAAGUAAAGGAGCAGAAGGUACGAAUGAGGAUGGAUUGCUCGAGUAUCUCGAAGACAUUAUUGGCUCCAAUGUUUAUGUGGAGCCGACGGAACGAGUGUGGGACGAGGUGGAACGCUGCAAUGACGUGCGUGGGAAUAAAGUAAAUCGUGUCAAGCUUGUGGAGAAAGAAAAGGCGCAUUUGGAAGGACCUCGUGCCGAAGCGCUUGAGUAUCUCCGUAAAGAAAAGGAAGUGUACAUGAAGACAAACAUUCUGUACCAAUUGUGGAUUCAAGAGGCGUCAAAGAACCGCAAGUUGUGUGAGUCUAAACGUGAUGAGCUGCAGGCCAAAUACAAGGCAGAGCUAGCACGCAUGGAGAAAAAUCGUGAAGAAUUGCAGUCCGUGGAAGCUGUUUACCAACGAGUGAAGAGCGAGCACGAUGAAGUUGCCAAACAACUGGACGAGUUAAAGUCGGAAUACGCUGACUUUGAAAAGCAAGACGUGAAGUUGCGAGAAGAGCUAAAGUACGCCAAGGAACAGCAGAAGGAGCUGCAGUCAACGCAAAAGAAAGAGCUAAAGAAGCAGAAGAACAUUGAGCAAAAAGUGCAGGAAAAUGAGGAGCUAGUGCCGGAGUUGGAAAUGGAAGUAGAGAAGUUGCAGACGAAACUCAAGAAGCAAGAGCAGGUGCUGGAGGGUAUUCUUGAGGGUCACAAGGAAGAAACGGCCAAGUUACGUAGCACCAUGGAGGCUAUUCAGCAUGAUAUGGAGCCGUUUCAGACAGAAAUGAAUGCUCUGCGGUCUGUGAUCGACACAACGGAGACGGAGAUCCAGCUUGUGGAGGAGCCUGUGACUAAUGCUAAGAAGGCACUUGAAGCCAACGCCUGCGGUAUAGUCGAGGCCGAAGCGAACCUGCGCGGGCUCGAAGAAGACCAGAAUGAGAAACGUGAAAAGCUCGCCAAGAUGAAGGACCGCAUUGUCGUCGCCGAGCAAGAGUUGGACGACGUUAAAGGCAGAGAUACUUCUGUUGCAGAGAAAUACCGUGAGGCGCGCACAAAAGCUGAAGAGGCCUCUGUCGCGGUGCAAUCACAUGCAACUCGGAAUCGUAUGCUCCGGGAGCUUCUUGAUGCAUCCAAACCAGGUAUGCCACUUGAAAAUGCUGGGCUGUUCGGUCGCCUGGGUGACCUUGGUGCAAUCGAGGGCAAGUACGACGUCGCCAUCUCAACUGCUUGUGGCGCGCUUAACAAUUUGGUUGUUGCGACGACUUCGGGCGCGCAAGCGUGUGUGGCAUAUCUACGUAAACAUAACUUGGGACGCACUACGUUCCUGAUUUUGGAGCAAUUGGGUUAUCUUAAGGCGAAGUAUACUCAGCAUUUUCGUGGUGUCAAUGCUCCUUCCGGACACCAAGUCCCGCGACUGUUUGACUUGGUGAAAGUGAAUGAUGACAAGUACCUGCCAGCGUUUUACUAUGCUCUGCGUGACACACUGGUGGCUAAAGACCUAGAUGAGGCUUCAGCGAUUGCUUAUCAAGGACGCCAAUGCAAAUAUCGUGUCGUAACUUUAGACGGACAGUUGGUGGAGAUGUCCGGCGCAAUGUCAGGCGGUGGUAAGCGAGCCCGCAGUGGCGGUAUGUCGAGCACGCUUGCGAGCGGUUUAAGCGAGGAUGAGAUUCGAGUUCUACAAGAGGAGGCAUCGUCUCUGCGAAACGAAUUGGAACAGAUUCGUGACGAGAAAGCUUCGCUUGAAAAAGAGCUGUCGCAACUGACCCGCAAAAUUGAGCAAUAUGAGAAGGAUCUGCCCAAGAUCGAGUUGGACGUGAGGGCUACCAAGACGCGUCUCGAAGAUUUUAAAAAGAACAAAAGUUUACUGGAAAAGCAAACGACGCUGUCCGCUAAUGCGAAGAAGCAAGUUGACAAGCUCAAGAACACGAAGACCGUCAAGGAAGCUGAGUACAAAGCUACAAAGAUGAAAGUGGAUAAAAUGGCUACGAAGCUUGCCAAAAUGAAGGAGCAGAUUCUUGAUGUAGGUGGCGAGAAGCUGCGCAAGGAGCAGGAUGUGGCAAAUAAGAUCACAAAGCAAAUUGCUGAGAAAACGAAACAAAUGACCAAGAUUCGCGUUGAUUUUAAAAGCUGCCAAAAGAACACCGAAAAGAAUGAGCAGGCCCUAAAGAAGAUUGAGGAGGAUAUUGAAGCAGCGAAAGCGAAGAUCAAAGACACGCAGCAGGUUACUGCGAAGGAGAAGGAGCUCCGCAAGGACGAGUCAAAGUACCGAAAGUUGAAGAAGGAGUACGACGGGAUGGCAAGUGCAGAAGUUGAUCUGUCCAACAGCUUGGAGGACUGCGAAAAAAUGUUGGAAGAAAACGCAAAGAAAGAGACAUUCUGGAAAGCAAAACUUACGUCUCUCCAUACAGCUUUCAUUACGGAGCAAGAACACAAUGCGGGUGUUUUCGAGGAUGAAUCAGAUUUGCCCGCUCGGAAGCGUCAAAAGAAGAGCAAGGAUGCUGACCGAGACGAAGCAAUGGAUGAGCAAAAGGAGGAGCACAGAGAGGACGAAGACAGUGACGAGGAGGAAGACGCAAACUUGGAUGUAACGCUGGAGAAGCUUCCAAUGUUAGAGGCUGUAGCUCUUUCUCGCUACAGCAAGGAGGAAAUGAAGUAUGAGAUCUCCGUGCUUGAACAGCAGCGUGACGAGCUCAAAGCAAACGUAAACAUGAGCGCACUGACAGAGUACAAGCAAAAAGAAGAAGAGUACAAGGCUCGCGUUGUGGAACUGGAGGAAGCAACGAAGUUUCGUGAUUUGAAGCGCCGCGAAUACGAUGAGUUGCGGCGCAAGCGACUGGAGGAGUUCAUGACAGGCUUCCGCAUCAUAACGCUAAAACUGAAGGAGAUGUAUCAGAUGAUUACGCUCGGCGGUGAUGCUGAGCUGGAGCUUGUGGAUUCGUUGGACCCGUUCUCAGAAGGUGUGGUUUUCAGCGUGAGGCCUUCAAAAAAGAGCUGGAAACACAUUUCAAACCUAUCUGGUGGAGAGAAGACCCUUGCUUCGCUAGCGCUCGUGUUUGCAUUGCACCACUACAAACCGACGCCAUUAUACGUCAUGGAUGAGAUUGAUGCAGCACUGGAUUUCAAAAACGUGUCGAUCGUGGGCAACUACAUUAAGCAGCGUACGCGCAAUGCGCAGUUCAUCAUCAUCUCUUUGCGUAACAAUAUGUUCGAGCUUGCAGAUCGUCUAGUAGGUAUUUACAAGACGAACGAUGCCACGAAGAGUGUGACAAUUAACCCGAAGAUUUACGAGCAAGGCACCACGCAGGCCUCGAACGGAACGACGACGCCAGUGACGAAGAGCUCUAAAUGUUCCAUAAUGAACAGUCCCGCGAGUGGCCGUCGUCAGUCCGUAAAAAAGGCUCGGCGGUCAAGCCAGCAGUCGGUGACGUCCCCUUCAGUACAGCGAAGCGCUACUGCGCCGAGCACACCACUGCAGGACCGAACCAACAGGUCGUAG